UAAGUACCACGCAUAGAAUCAAGCUUUUGCUCAUGAAUUCGUUAUCUUUAACUCAAACACCACGAUAACCUUGUAAUUUUCCUCACGUAAUUAUGAGUAUUUUCCAAGAUUUCCAAAUAAUACAUGAUGCCAGCCUCAAUUGUGGGACGUUUAGUGGGGCAAGACGCCACUGGAUUCGUGGCAGUUUCGAAUCACAGUUUGUUUUUGCCUGCUACAGAUUUUUCUCUCAAUCUUCUUUCCACUCCGCUUUCUCAAAUUUCAAAAUUUCAUACGAUGGUCUUUUUUGGAAAUUUUGAAUACAACAACGCAUACUUGUAACGUCCCUUUGGUAUCGUCUUGGUGGAGUUCUCUGUCAGUUUCUUCCAGACAAGUAACGGAGAUUUGGAAAAGUCCCAGUGUCACUUGGAUUAGACUCCACCAAACUGAUUAGUUUAAUUUUACCGUACUUAAAGUUGUCAAUCUGGAUUUCCACAAUUGAGUACGUUAGUCUUAUGUCAUUCCUCAAUCAAUCGAUUGCGUCGUGUCGUCUUUAUUUUACUUCCUAAUAAUUAUCCUUCCUAUUAAUUUUCAGUGAAUUCAUUUUUAAAGUUGCAAAAUAACCCUAUAUACUUUCUGUUGUACGUUAGUCAACCAUAUUAAUUAUUAAUAAAAAUCGUUCAACUAAUUUAUCAAAUCCUAAGAGGUGAUCGUGCGUUAACAUAAUUUGUUGCUAUCUAUGUUAUUGAAACCUUGGCUUGCGACCUUGCGACCUAGUAGCGUCACCAAUUCCAAUUUUGGUAAUCUGUUGAGAAAGUUGUCAUCUCAUAAAUUGAUGGAUGGAUGAUAAGCAAGAGUGACAACUUGGCUAAAUCACCUUCAGGAAGUAACCACUAGUAAUACAAACUUUCAUGUGAUAUUUAUUCUGAAUUCUGAAAAUUGUUGGUUUACUCAAGAUAUCAACGUCAAACAAGAUAAUAGGCAUCCACGAUAAAUCAAAUGUAUCGUCAUCUCGGUGGGCAUUUCUCUCCGCAUCAAGCCAUAGUAAUUGAAUGAAAUAGUGAACGAUCAAAAAUAACUUGAGUUAUUUGAGCUGAAUCAUGAGCAAAUCGUCGUAUGCCAACCAUGCGGAUUUUGUUACAUCAGAAGAUGGAACGACGGUAGAGGAAAUUCUCAAGAUUCUUCUCUCCAUUUCGUUGACACCACUUUUAGCUGCUCUAAUUCUUCCCUGGGCCGUUCCUCCAAAAUUUAUCUACCAUGCAACGAAAGAUUCAUGUUUCUACAAUUACAUUCGAGCUAUUAUGGAAUACCCCUUCAUCGUUGUUCUACCCUUGUGGCUGGUUACGAUUUUGGCUGGUCAGGAUGAAGAGCAAGUAUCCAUGUACAACAACUUCGUCUGGAUCUUCCUAAUCUGUACUUGUGCGGGAAUCAUGGUUGUCAAUUACGCUAUCACAGAACCGAAAUGGGAGGGUUUUUUAUGCUUCUGGGAUAAAAUCAAGAAUAAACCUCUGACUUCAUCAUCAGUGCCUUUCACUGGAUUGAAUCCGGCCAAUAAACUAUCAGAAUGCGAUGAAAAGGAGGAGAAAAGGAGCAGUAGCAGUGACGGUGGUGGCGAUGAUAAGAUCAAAUAUCCAUUUAUAACGAAUUAUAGGGCAAUUGUCAUAUACGUCACGGUGAUUGCAAUUCUCGCAGUCGAUUUCCCACUUUUCCCUCGGCGGUAUGCUAAAACUAAGAAGUAUGGAUAUAGCUUGAUGGACAUCGGAACAGGCUCUUUCAUUUUUGCAAAUGCUAUCAUUUCACCCGAGGCGAAAGGGAGGAAAUCUAAUUUGCUCAAGUCAUGGAUCUCUACCCUUCCUCUGCUCGCAAUUGGUCUAAUUCGCCUUAUUUCAGUGAAAGGGAUUGAAUAUCAUGAGGUAGUAGAAGAAUAUGGGGUACACUGGAAUUUUUUCUUCACAUUGGCGUCUGUCAAGCUCUUGAGUGCUCUUAUUUUCUCAUGUAUCAAUCCUGCCUUCUCCUUCAAACUUUCAUGUAUCGUCGGACUCGUGUAUGAAUACUUGUUGACCAAGGAUAAUCUUUUGGAAAGUUAUCUUCUCAACAUUCACACUUCAAGAAACAACAUUAUAGAUGCUAAUCGCGAAGGAUUGUUCUCAGUUUGUGGAUAUCUCACCAUUUACCUUGCAAGUGUAUACGUGGGCAAAGUUAUUUACUCGGUCCCUUCGCAAACUAUCAAACACUGGUCGUUACACUCCUUUCGAUCGCUGGUUCAUGUGUUAAUGCUUUGGAUAGGCUUAUACGUUUCCAAAUCGUACGGAACUCAAAGUUGUCGGAGGGCAGCAAAUUUGUCCUAUAGCCUUUGGAUUUUAGCAACAAACUACACGAUUUUAUGGGCUCUUACAACAAUAAGUUUACUUCAGUCAGUUGCCCAACAUGUUGGACUACUGCAUGGACCAUUGAUUUCAUACGAACUAAAGUCUGUGAUGGAUCGGGAGGAAGAGAAAAUUAAAAAGUUGAAUCAACAGUUCAAAGCUAAAGGACAUGGAGUACAUUGUGGGGAAACGGCUACAAAGGACGAAGAGUUGGAGGUAGCACUUGCACAGUUGGAACAAAAACUCGGAGAAUUUAAGAAAUCUGGGAAAUCAUCAAUCUGUGGCGAGGUUACAACGCUCAUAAAACACCUCGAAGAAGAAUUGAGCCACCUUGAGACACGACUGGAGGGUGAAACAGAGGAGGAGGAGGAGGAAAAGAAGAGGAACGAGAAUAAAAUAAAUCUAACCAACGAAAAGAAUUUAAUCUCAAUGCCAGAUUUAACUAAAUCGCCAGUCACAUUGGAAGCUAUUUGUUACAAUGGGCUUUUAGUUUUCCUCUUUGGAAAUCUCUUGACGGGAUUGGUGAACUGCAUGAUGCACACCAUGUAUGUCCCGAAUUACUUGGCAUUGUGUUAUUUAUGGGCUUAUGCCAGCAUCAUUUCCACUGUUAGCAUUGUCUUGUAUACCAAUAACAUACAAUUAAAAUUUUGGUAAUGUAUCUAUUACAAAUAUUUUAUAAUAAUCCUGGAGAAUAAUAAUGAUUAUUUUUAUAUUAAAAUCCGAAACAAUUGUUGCAAAUC